UCUGUCAAAACGAGGCAAGAUCAUUCUACUUCCGGGGUGUGAUUGUGUCGGUGCUAAAGACAUCAGUUUCCUGGAAUUAUUAGCAGCUAUGUCGAAAAAUACUGGUGCUAGCAAGUUCAGGAGGGUAGAUGUUGAUCAAUAUGACGACGAUCGCUUCCAAGACGAAGAUAACGAUGUUACCGAGCAGGGGCCAAACGAGGGGGAAGUGACAACACUCCUUACACAAGGAAAAAAUGCAGAUGCCCUAAGAUUAGUGUUGAGUAGCGCUCCAGUCACCACAAAGAACCAGAAUGUGAAGGAGCGUGCCAGCCAGAUAGUUGUGCGGGUGCUGACAUCCUUCAAGUCCAGUGAGGUGGAAAAAGCUGUGAAGUCACUAGAUGCAAGGUCAAUAGAUGUGCUGAUGAAAUAUAUCUACCGUGGAUUUGAGAAUCCAUCUGAAGGCAGCAGUGCCGUCCUCCUCACCUGGCAUGAAAAGACGUUUGCCGUGGGAGGUUUGGGAAGUAUAGUCCGAGUUAUGACUGACAGGAAGAAAGUCUGAAGGAGGCGUCAUCUGUCUGUGUCCGAUCACUUGUCUGACCAUGUCUUGACACAAUGUGUCUACAUUUGCAUGUACAGUACACACUACACACGUAAAGGAUUCUGCUUGUAUAACUAUAUACACCAAGAUACUCUGAAAUAACAAAAACAGGUUUUAUCAUGAAAACAUAUUUUACAAUGGUCGGUUUUGUUAUCUAAACUUGUACAAUUUUGUAUCAAAGCUUACAAAGACUGUAAACUUUUAUUUUAGAAAUAAAACCUCAUCCAAAAAUGCUGCUAUUCUUUCUGUUCUCAUAAUUUGCUCAAUAUAUUACUUACUGAAGGUUCAAAAAGAAGAACGUGGGACUCAGUUUGAUAAAUUGAUAUAUUUUAUAGGAUUAUUGUAAGAUUUACCAAAAAGGGCGAAGCCUAUGUCCAGGUUUUGAUCUGGUUCCAACUUGGUGAAGAAAAUGACCAAUCAAGAAACAAUCAUGAAAAUGACCUAAGGAACUUCUUUUGUUCCAAGGUUUAUGGGGGCGGUCGGGUAGCCUAGUGGUUAAAGCGUUCGCUCGUCACGCCGAAGACCCGGGUUCGAUUCCCGACAUGGGUACAAUGUGUGAAGCCCAUUUCUGGUGUCCCCCGCCGUGAUAUUGCUGGAAUAUUGCUAAAAGCGGCGUAAAACUGUACUCACUCACUCACUCACUCCAAGGUUUAUGAGCAAAGUUGCUUUCAAAUAGUUGACAGUGUUAAGGUCAUGUUUGAAGGUAGGACCCUGAAUUCCUCAGUGAAUAUUUAGAGCAAAUGUUCCUUGAUAAAGUAUUUUCCAAAUCUGUUUUUCACAUUCGCUUUUCUUGCAGUUAUUAUUUUUGAGGAGCAGACAAAUUUCCUCAGCUGUCAGAUUAAGUUUACCUCAAAUAUCGUAAACUGCGAGUCUGUACAGUUUGCUUUCAAACAUGUAUUCCAAGCUAUUGAACAAACACAAUGAUAGUUACAAUGUGUUAGAAUUGUUAACCAUCUUGUUUCACCUGUGAAAGGUGAGAUUGUACAAACAAAUACAUGUCACUAUUAAUGCUUUUGAUUAUCACAUUCUGUUUGUUUUAUUACCUGUUUUUCGGAUCACCCAAUAAAAAUGUAAUGUAAAAUGAAAUAGAAAAUGUUAUUUUUUUAUCAUUUCAAAAUGAACAAAGAUUGAUAUGGGAAGGGACGUACAUCGCCGAAUUAUCAACAAGAUACAUUUGUUUUCACCAAAAUGAUAAAACAAAAAUGAUAUUGAAAUGCAGCAACUGAAAUCAAUUGUUAUGUGAUAUUAUAUUCAAAUUGUGACCUUGAAACCUGAAAAAUCUGAAACUACUGUUUUUCCAUUCCACAUGUUCAUCACUGAUAUAAAUGCUUUUAUUAAUUGAUUCUGCCAUAUAAUUGUUUUUACCCCAAACUCCCCAAACCAAAUACUGAUUAUGAAGGUCGCAGUAUAUUCAUCGUGGCUCGUUUACUGUCAGGGACGGUCGGGUAGCCUGGUGGUUAAAGCGUUCACUCGUCACGCCAAGGACCCAGGCUUGAUUCCCGAUAUGGGUACAAUGUGUGAAGCCCAUUUCUGGUGUCCCCCGCCGUGAUAUUGCUGGAAUAUUGCUAAAAGCGGCGUAAAACCAUACUCACUCACUUAUAAUAAGCGUGUCAGCAACUCCGCAUCCUAUGAUGAACUCAAAGUUUCUUCAGCCAAAUAACUUCUUCUUCAUAUUCACUUGCCAAGUUUGCAGGCCGUGGAGUAGCCAAGUGGUUCUCUUGUCACGCCAAAUGCCUGGGUUCAUUUACCUACUGGGUACAAUAUGUACAGCCCAUUUUCCUCCGUGAUUUUACUGGAAUAUUGAUGACAGUGGCAUAAAACCAUACUCACUCACUCACUCACAGAUUUGCAUACACUACGGUUUAUCUCUGGCUAUAGAAACUGGUGAAGUAUUGAGGCUUGUAGGACAGUGUAAGAUGUAGAUCUAACUACAACUAGGGAUAAUCCUUGUUCCACUGACAUCCAUUCUGUGUAGAACAACAAAGUUUGUUUUCCCACUGACUUGUCACAGCUAGGUCUGUGCCCAUCUUCAUCAUGUGAUGUCAAGUUUAUCACAGAAUGAUUUUAUAUUCAUGUUUUCCAUAUAUCUGAAUAAAAUGAUAUGUAUUCA